GAGCCAGCAGCCUUCCUGCAGUUCUUUUCCAACCACUGCUCAAAUAACUCAGCCAGUGGAGAGAUGGCGAGCUCUUUCAUGCGUCUCAUGUCCAAACGGCCGGUACUUUUGGCCAGUUUGGGCAUGGGAACCAUGGCGACUGGCUUCUUCUUCAGUGAAAACAGCUUUUUGUCUGCAGAGAUGAGAAAGAAGCUGUAUCCUCCCAGCUCUGAUUAUCCUGAUGUGAGAAAACACAACAACUGCAUGGCCUCGGCUCUCACUCCGGCCAUUUAUGCCAAACUGAGGGACAAAGUCACUCCCAACAACUGGACCUUAGACCAGUGCAUCCAAACUGGGGUAGACAACCCUGGUCACCCUUUCAUCAAGACAGUGGGCUGUGUGGCCGGUGAUGAGGAGAGCUAUGAAGUGUUUGCUGACCUCUUUGACCCAGUCAUCAAAGAUAGGCACAAUGGUUACAACCCCAGAACCAUGACACAUCCCACUGACCUGGAUGACUCCAAGAUAGCACGCGGUGUGUUUGAUGAGAAGUACGUUUUGUCAUCUCGUGUCCGGACCGGCCGCAGUAUCCGCGGUCUGAGCCUCCCACCGGCGUGUUCCAGGGCUGAGCGUCGUGAGGUGGAGCGGGUGGUUGUGACGGCCCUGGCGGGCCUCGAGGGCGACCUGUCUGGACACUACUACAGCCUGGGAGAGAUGACGGAGAUGGAGCAGCAGCAGCUCAUUGAUGACCACUUCUUGUUCGACAAGCCCGUCUCUCCACUGUUGACUUGUGCCUUCAUGGCCAGAGACUGGCCAGAUGCCCGGGGUAUCUGGCACAACAAUGAGAAAACCUUCCUGAUCUGGGUGAAUGAGGAGGACCACACCAGAGUCAUCUCCAUGGAGAAAGGAGGCAACAUGAAGAGAGUGUUUGAGCGAUUCUGCAGAGGACUCAAACAGGUGGAGCACCUGAUCCAGCAGCGGGGCUGGGAAUUCAUGUGGAAUGAACGUCUGGGCUACAUCCUGACUUGCCCGUCCAACCUGGGCACUGGUCUUAGGGCGGGUGUGCACGUGCGCCUGCCAAAACUCAGCAAGGACACACGAUUUCCCAAAAUCCUUGAAAACCUGAGACUGCAGAAGCGAGGCACCGGGGGGGUCGACACGGCUGCUACAGGAGACGUCUUUGACAUUUCCAACAACGACCGUUUGGGCAAAUCUGAGGUGGAGCUGGUCCAGUUAUUGAUUGAUGGGGUUCACUACCUGAUCGACUGUGAGAAGAAGCUGGAGAAUAAUCAAGAUAUCAAAGUUCCACCUCCCAUUUCACAGUUUAGGAAAUAAGGGUUCAGCUUCCUCCUCUGUGGUCCAGAUGCCCACAC